AUGAAAUUCUCCAUAGCUAUGAUUGUUGUAAUGAUUAUGACUAUCGGAGCUUGUACUUAAAAAUCAAUUUUAUUUACUCGACAUGGAGCUAUAUCUCCAAAAAUUUAUACUGAAAUUGAUAGAGAUUAUUAUUGGAAUAUUAAUCCAGAAGAUUUGACUGAAAUAGGAUUAAAAUAUCACUACUCAUUAGGAUAGAGUAAAAUUGGAGCUCAAAUUAUGGAUUUAAAUGGAAAUUGUAUCUAUGAGAACUUAGAAAUUUAAGCCUCUACAGAUUAAAGGGUUAUAUUAUCUACAAUUGGAUUUUUAAAAGGGUUAUGCCCUUUAAAUUAUGUUGAUAUUAUAAAGAAAUUCUUUAGAGAAUAUUAUGCUUAAUAUUCUACAAAUGCAGAAGCUUGGAAUCUAAUAAUGUCUUAAGAUUUCAAUAAUCCUUUAGAUUUGGUUUCUUGUUUCAUGGACAUUAAUAAACUGUGUGUCCAGCAUUGAAAAGUUUAAAAAAACAAAUUUAAACCUGUGAUUACUACAAAUAAAAAGAAAAAUCAUUCAAAAGUAGAUAAGAAUUUGAUGAAGUGUUUUUUAUUAUACAAAAAGCUUACCCAAACAAAAUUCUUAAUAAACUUUCAAUAACUCUAAGUGAAAUUUAAGAUAUCUAUGAUGAUUAUUCUUGUAAUAGAGUAUAAGGAUUUGUAUUUCCUAAUCCAUCUAAAUCUGCUGUCGAAUUUAUGGAAGAAGUUGUUAUAUUUAUUAGAUAUUAUGAAGAUAAUAGUGAAUUAUUGGAAAAUUAGGCAUAGCUCACUGAACCUUUUAAAUGGUUGAUUUCUUAGUUAUAUUCUUCAACUCCAUUUAGUUGGUAUUCAGGCCAUGAAUCAAAUUAAUUUGCCAUAUUAUCUGUAAUAUCUGAUAUUUAACCAAUCAUUCCUUUUGCAUCUUAAUUAGAUUUUAUUGUUAAAAAUGACUUAGUGAUGGUUUACUUCAAUAAAAUUCAUAUUUAAAGUAAAUUUUGUGAAGAUGGUUACUAUUGCACAAGACAGUAAAUAGUUAAUUAUAUGAUGUAAUACAUUCCCUGA